AUGGAGCCCGUUAUACUUGGGAGUGGCCCACUGGGGGCAACCAAUCCCCCUCACGUGCGUCAUUCUAUCAGCAUGUCCUUGCCAACGUGGGAAUCUGUAGGCCGCUGGGGUUUACGAGAAAAAUGGAUGAUUCCUUUGAUGCAAACCUGUUAUCCAAGAUUCGCCAUACACAAAUCAUUGCAACAAUUGAAAGAUGCGAUAUUCACUCGACUUUCUAUACCCGAGCAAAUGGACUGCUUGAUUUUUCCAUCAGCGGAUGCCUCGACAAGAUGCAUUGAAAUGCUGAAGUCGAAGCACCCCAGUGAGGAAAUUCAGCGUGUUGCGUUUUCCCUUGCCCGCUCAACAAACACGGAAGAGUCUCGGUGGACAACCCUUUUUGUGAUCGUCUAUCCCGAGGCUUGCGCGCGGUCAGCAAUGUUUUUCUGGAAAAUCUUCGGAUAUGGGAUAUCCAGUCGCCAUGCUGAGUAUUGCCUCAGUGUUUUUCCACGGAUGAGUUCAAAUGCGAAGAACCCUGUCUUUCAAACCCCUGCAUCAUCCCUCUGUCUUGAGGAGCCGACUCCAUGGAAGAACUCCGCGACAACAGAAAAGCAAUUCCUCAAGGAAAAAAUUGCAUCACUCGUUAGUUCUGACCAACUGGGCUAUUCCCCAGUUUCUAGCCAAGAUGUUUUCCUUUUUCCCACGGGAAUGUGUGCAAUCUCUGCAGUCAUCAGGGCAUUGCGGCCUAGCCAAGAUGUCGAAUCAGAGGCGGUCGUCUAUGGGUGGCCGUACGCGGAGACUUUCCACUGCAUCCAGGAGUGCGGCUAUAUAAAAUCUACUCUUCUCAGUGCCGGCUCCACGCAAGAAUUGGAUGAGCUAGAAUCUUCACUUGCUGCAGGGCGUGAUAUUCAAGUUCUGUUCUGCGAAGUCCCUUCAAAUCCAUUGCUGCGAACCCCCGAUCUACUACGCAUCCACGCCCUUGCGUCCAAGUUUAACUUUAUUGUUGUUUGCGAUGAGACAUUGGGAUCGUUCUAUAACGUGGAUGUGCUGCCAUAUGUCGAUGUCGUGGUAACCAGCUUAACCAAAAUAUUCAGCGGUCUAUGCAAUGUCAUGGGUGGAAGCGUUGUCGUCAAUCCUCAUUCUUCUCAAUAUGCGACUAUUCAUUCGACUCUAACAAGAAUCUAUGAAGAUAUUUACUUCCCGCUGGACGCAAUCACCAUGGCUCGCAACUCGGCAAACUUUGAGGAGCGAGUGAAGCAAUGCAACAGCAAUUCCCUCAGUGUCGCUUCCUUGCUCACAUCUCAUCCUGCUGUAUUGAACGUGAAUCAUCCUAGUUUGGGUCCAUCGCGACAUGUUUACGAUCGAAUUCGGCGCAAAAAUGGCGGAUACGGAUAUCUGCUCAGCAUCGUCUUCCAUCAACCGAAGGACGCAGUGGCGUUUUAUGAUGCAUUGGAUUUAUGCAAGGGUCCCAAUGUGGGCACCGAAUUUUCGCUGGCUAUUCCGUACUCUUUGCUUGCUCACUUUAGUGAGCAGGAAUGGGCAGAGAUAAAUGGUAUAGAUCGGCACAUGGUCAGGAUCAGUAUUGGAAUAGAGCAGGAACAUGAGCUUCUUGGGCGAAUCAAAGAGGCAUUGGAGCACACAAAUCAAACUGAAAGGAUAAGGGGCUAG